AGAAAUAUUGAAAACAAAAUGGCCGCGGCUUCGGAGGACGAACACGAUUCUUCGUCUAUGACGUGGACCGCCUGGUUCAGGCGACUCUGCUGCGGAAUCAUGCGAGCAGGAGAGGUUCCGAGACACGUGGCGAUCAUCAUGGACGGCAACCGAAGGUUUGCCAAGAAGAUGCACUACAACCACUCCAUGCGAGGUCACGUGCUCGGCUUUGAGAAGUUCAAAGAGACGCUGGAAUGGUGUUUCGACCUGGGCGUCCCCGAGCUGACCGUCUAUGCAUUCAGCAUAGAGAAUUUCAAACGCUCAAAGGAGGAAGUUGACGGACUAAUGGAGCUGGCGAAACUCAAGAUUGAUAAACUCCUUGAAGAGAGGGCUAUGAUAAUGAAACAUGGAGUGUGUAUUAGAGUUCUGGGGGACCUUGAACUCCUACCAACUGACGUUCAGCAGUCGGUCGCUAAGGCUGUGGUUUUUACCAGAGACAACACAAAAGCCUACUUGAACGUGUGUUUUGCGUACACGUCGCGACACGAGAUGGCAACCAGUAUGAGAGUAUUGGCUGAAGGGGUCGAAGAAGGACUCAUUCUUCCGAGUGACGUUUCAGAGGAGCUGCUGGAGAGGUGUCUGUACACGGGAGACUCACCUGCUCCUGAUCUCGUCAUCCGGACAUCUGGCGAGAUUAGGCUGAGCGACUUCUUACUCUGGCAGAGUUCGUACUCAUGUCUGUGUUUCCAGAGUGUCCUGUGGCCUGAGUUCUCGGUGUGGAACUUCCUCUCCGCCAUUCUCCACUACCAGUCACACUUUCCCGCUCUUCAGGAGGUGAGGAGAGAGUAUGAGGAAGAGAGGGAGAGGAUACAGAGAGAGGAGGAUGCUAGAUGCGUGGCUGAGCAAAGCCCCCAGCCCCUCUCUCUGACGCAACUCGACAAGGCAACAAGCCAGUAUGCAGAAGAGAGGAGACAGAGAAUUGACUUAUUCUUAGAACGCAUUAGAACCAGAUCAAUGAUGGAGCCGACGUGUGCAGUACGCGGCAGGGAAGUAGACAGUGGCGAGCUGUUCUUCCUGAUAGCUCGCUACCUGGACGGAGGACCUUGCCAGGAGGCCGCCAGGGUGUUGAGGCGAGAACUAGCCACUAAAGGGUUGCUGCCAAAGCGCAAGAAUUGGCUCGGGGAAGACGUCCCGCUUUCAUAUGAGCAAGCGCUGCCCGAGCUGACUGCUGCCAGUCGCGGACAGCCUGUGGUUAACAACUGUCAGUUGCUGUGUGCGAGAGCGAUAACUCCUUCCUUCUCUCCGUCCUACUUCACUGGACCCAAUCUGUACCGCGACUUCAAACAGCACUGUGCAAUGCUAGGUCACCUGGCCCCAGUCUACUGCGUACUGUUUGACAAGACGGGACAGAGAGUCAUCACCGGAGCAGAUGACGACCUGCUGAAGGUGUGGAGCUCUGACCAGGGCCAGCUCCUAGCUACUUUGAGAGGACACGCAGCAGAGGUGACUGACAUGUCACUCAGUCCGGACAACUCCAUGAUAGCCUCUGGCAGUCUCGACAAGACGGUGAGGGUGUGGUGUGCCCAGAGCUCAGCGACUACAGCAGUUCUGACAGGCCACACGGGUCACAUCACCUCCGUACAGUUCUCUCCUUGUCUCCACGACGACCAGAGGUUGCUGGCUUCCACGACAAAAGAUGGUUUUGUCUACUUCUGGCUGUGGAACUCCGAGGCCAGCACUUUCUACACCACCCCUAUUAAGUACAUGGAGAAGGACAGAGUAGGAGACCAGACCCUCUGCUCUGCCUUCAGUCCAGGAGGCAAGUAUUUCGCAACAGGUGGGACGGACAGAAUCAUCAGGGUGUACAGCUGCAUCCCGGGGCCUCCCUCACUCACUGCUGAGAUCUCUGGACACAUGGACCGAAUUAUGACCAUCCAGUUUUGCCACUGCACUGACAGUGUGUUUGCCACGGGGUCAUGUGAUGCCACUGGGCGUGUCUGGAGAUUCAGGGAGGGGGCGUGGCAGGGAAAACCCCUUCUUGUUGAUCCACAAGAGAUUGCCAAAAUGACUGCCGACUGGGGUAAAGACAAACCUCAAGUUACCAUGAUAGGGUGGGAGUGUACGGACACGUAUGUUAUCACUGCGUUUUCCCCUGAUUGCAACCUACGCAUCUACCAGGCCUCUUCAGGCCUCCUCGUGCAUACGCUCAAGGGUCACAAAGGUGAAGUAUUUGUGGUGGAGCCUCAUCCUUCAGACUCUCGUAUCCUCCUCUCGGCCGGUCACGAUGGUCUGAUAGUGCUCUGGGACAUCCUGUCGGGGGUCAUGAUAAAGAGUUUCCAGAUGCAGCACGAGGGAGAGCAGGGAAUCUCCUGCAUCUUUGACUGUCGGCUCUCCCCCGACGGGACGCUCUGUGCGGCAGCUGACGGCAGUGGUUACCUCUCUCUCUUUGGACUUGGCUCCUCUCUCCCUUACCAACAGCCACCAGAGGAGCAGUUCUUCCACACGGACUACCGUCCACUGAUGAGGGACAGAAACCAUUUCGUAGUCGACGAACAAUCACAGAGACCGCCCCAUCUCCUCCCUCCUCCCUACCUCGUCGAUAUUGACGGCCACGCCCACCCCGCGAGACACCAGGAAGCCCUACUGCGGCAGAUGAGACCAGUCAAACAGGUCAAACCAGAUUCCUCGGGCGAUAUUGAUGAUGUCGUUGAGGACUACGAUGAGGUAAUGAGAGAGCGACUGAACAAGAUCCGGUUGGAGGGGACCCAGUUUCGGAGUGCUCGGUCUGCCAUGGCUGAGAGGGAGGGGGCAGGGGGGAGGGAGAGAGGGGGAGGGAGGGAUGAGGGUACCGGCUCGUUGGGUGGUGGGCGGGGCCUCGUUAAUGGGGUUGCAGCAGCUGAAGAGCAGCGAGAGGUCGUGGAGAGUUCAAGAGUCGUUUCCAUAGAGACCAAUGAUGGUGGACAAGAAGGCCAAGCAAGUGUGUCCGAACAGACAAAAAAUGGUUCCUCACCCCCACCCCCUGACGAGCAACACAAUCCAGAACAACAGAGUGGUCCCUCACCCCCACCCCCUGAGGAACAACAACAGAGUGGUCCCCCACCCCCUGAGGAACCACAGCGACAGAGUGGUCCCCCACCUCCUGAGGAACCACAGCGACAGAGUGGUCCGCCACCCCCUGAGGAACCACAGCGACAGAGUGGUCCGCCGCCCCCUGAGGAACCACAGCGACAGAAUGCCCCCCCACCCCCUGAGGAACAACAACAACAGAGUGGUCCGCCACCCCCUGAGGAACCACAGCGACAGAGUGGUCCGCCACCCCCUGAGGAACCACAGCGACAGAGUGGUUCGCCACCCCUUGAGGAACCACAGCGACAGAGUGGUCCCCCACCCCCUGAGAAACCACAGCGACAGAGUGGUCCGCCACCCCCUGAGGAACCGACAGUCGACGUGACGACAGAGCAGGAGCGUGGCCAGUCGGUCCAGAACAUGUUGUCAAGUGUAGUCUACUCUCUGGGGCUGACAGAGGAGGAGGAGGCGCAGUGGCUGGAGGCUCGCUGGAGGGACCUCUAUCAGAGAGAACAACUCACAUUUGACGAGGAGAGUAGGAAGAUUGUCGUCACAACUCCCACUUCUCCGGUCCCCGUGGCGACAGAGGGGAGGUCCCUGCGGAGUGGGCGGACCCUCCCUGACCCCAACGACCCCCUGGAGCCGAUGUUGGUGGAGGGAGAGAGUGACGAGGGAGGAAGUGAGAAGGAGAGCGAAGAGGAAGACGGAGAGCUCUGGGUCGACAAUGAGAGCACUGCAUCCAGUGACAUAUCGGACUGGACGAGGGAAGAAGGGGUAGUGUUUCUCGCUCCAGCUAGACGAAAGAGGCGACUUCGUAAGAAACGAGUCUCUUCCAGUGAAGAGAGCCGGAGCAGCGUGGAGAUGGAGGAGGAGGAAGAAGAGGGAGGGGGGAGGAGGGAGACGAGGAGGGAGGGAGGAAGGCAAAGAGACCACGAGCAGCGGCUGAGAGAGGAGAGAAGGAGAGGAAGAAGAAGAGAGCACGAAAGCCUCCUCCAGUUCGUCUCCAAGACGGUUCGCAGUGUUCUGGACUUCACUGUCUACCAUCCUCCCGACUGGCUGAAGGCCACCUCUCCUCUCUCCUCUCCUUACUUUCCUCAAGUUGGAGACCUCGUCGUCUACUUCCAUCAAGGUCACGAACUCUACAUAAAAGCUGUAAAGGAGGAGAAGUUGUUUCCGUGGAAACCGCAAAAGAUGCCAUGGCAACGCUACCACCUGAAGCGCAGGAGCUGUGUCAGGUACCACGAUAUGGACAAUGUACUAGAGUUCCUGGUUCUGGAGUCUCUAUACAAGAAAUCUGUUCAGAGGGCGUGGCUAGAAGGGUCCAGAUUCCGUUCCAAGAUCGACGGAAUGUACUGGUACGGCGUGGUACGGGGCCGGGAGCUGUUUUCGUCCGAUUACCCUGGGAGUCAGUGGCAGUGCUACCGCGUGGAGUGGGACGAUGGAGCGACUGACCAACUCAGCCCUUGGGACAUGGAGCCAGUGAGAGGAGGUGAAGAAGAGGAUGUGGAAGAGGAGGGAGGAAGGUGGUUGGACGAGGAAGGAGAGGGGGAGAGGAUCCUGCGAGGGCUGGAGGUGGUGGCUGGACUGGAGGAGGCGGCCAUGUUUCUUGAGCCGGUGGACCUAGAGGAGAUAUCUGACUACUGCACCCGUGUCCCCUUCCCCACCGACCUCUCCACAAUCAGAACCAGACUACAGAACAGGUUUUACCGUCGUAAGAUAGCUCUGCUGUGGGAGGUGGUCCAGGUGAGAAGAAACGCAGAGCUGUACAACGAAGAGGGGAGUCUGAUCGUCCGUCAUGCCAGGAUCCUUGUCAACACUCUCUGUCGGUUCAUCUCGUCUGCCAGCCACGACCCACUGGUGUUCUACAAGGAUGAAGAGGGAGAGGAGGGGGGAAGAGGUGUGGAGGAAGUUGCAGUUCCAGAGGUGGAAUUUGUGGAUAAUGGGGUCCUCCCUCCCACCCUCUCACCCACUUCCAAUCGUCACACCUCCACACCUCCACUUUCCUCUGCAGAGGAGGAGGAAGAGGAGGACGAGAAAGAGUCAACUACACCUCCACAGCCGUGGUACCGUCACGCUGAGGAGUUGCUGGCGGAACUAAAAGCUAAUGAGAAUUCAUCUCCAUUCCUCCAUCCAGUGGACACCUCCGUUUACCUGGAUUACCGUGACGUCAUAAGAAAACCAAUGGAUUUCUCCAAGAUGUCGAGAAAGCUGCGAAACAGACAUUACAUCAUUCCAAAUGACAUCAUCACAGAUAUACGACUGAUUUUCAGCAACGCCAAGACAUACAAUGACAAAGGAACAAUGGUCUACAAGAUGACCACUGAGCUACAGGCAUUCUUUGAAAACAUUCUCCUGAGUUUCCUAAAGUCGUGUGGAGGAAUAGCGGCAAAGGUUCCUCUACAUGGCACCCGAAACGCUCUGGGACGACUCGCCCGCAACCUCUCCGACGACGACGUUGCCACGGCGACACAGGCCACAUUGGCAGUUCCUCUAAUUGAAGCCCACCCUCCAAGGCGCUCCGGUCGGCAGAGAAGAACGAGGAGAAACCUGCAACCUGAUGAUAGCGAAGAGGAAGAGGAUAACGAGAGUGUUGCUAGCGAGCAGUCGAGUGUGGAGAUUUCACCUUUGACCCCAGCAAGCGAAUCUUCCAUCUUGACGGUCCAAUCAGUUGGGAGGAGGGUGAGAGGAGAGGAGGGAGGGAGAGAAUUGCACGGAAUGACUCUCAGGGAUAGGCAUCCGGUAAAACCGGUAAAACGGGUUCUAGAAGACAGCGAGAGUGAGGAAGAGGAAGAGGAGGUGGGAGAAGAAGAGGGAGAGGAGACGAGGGUCAAGGUUCGGACGAGAUCCUGGGCCUUGGCUCACAAGAGGCAGAGGCUAUCUAGCGACAGCGAGGGGGAGGAGGGUGUUACCGUGGUGACCAGGACUAGCAGAGGACGAGUGGUGAAACCAAUUUGCAAAUUCAGUUGA